UACUAGGUCAAAUGGUCUCUGAAAAACAAGUGUUGGUGCCAGAGCCUCCAGUAGGUUCCAAGGCUGUCUUCUCAGACUCAGGUCCAUGGAUGCCACACGGAUUGCCGUUGUUGGAGCAGGUGUGGUCGGGAUGUCCACUGCCAUGUCCAUAGCUUCUAUGGUCCCCCGAUGCUCUGUUACUGUCAUCUCGGACAAGUUCACUCCCAAUACCACCAGCGAUGUGGCAGCCGGGAUACUCAUUCCCCAGGCUUAUCCAGAUACACCCGUUCACACGGUGAAGCGGUGGUUCAGGGAGACCUUUGACCACCUGUCUGCCAUCGCCAGGUCUGCAGAUGCUGUGGAUGCCGGCGUUCACCUGGUGUCUGGUUGGCAGAUAUUUCGGAGCAUGCCCUCCGAAGAAGUGCCCUUCUGGGCUGACGUGGUUCUGGGAUUUCGAAAGAUGACAGAGACUGAGCUGAAGAGGUUCCCACAACAUGUGUUUGGCCACGCUUUUACAACCCUGAAGUGUGAGACUUCUGCCUACCUCCCCUGGCUGGAGAGAAGGGUAAGAGGAACUGGGAACCUGCUGCUCACCAGGCGAAUAGAAGACCUAUGGGAGCUUCAGCCCUCCUUCGACAUUGUGGUCAACUGCUCAGGCCUGGGAAGCCAGCAGCUUGCUGGAGACUCCAUGGUCUCCCCUGUAAGAGGUCAAGUGCUUCAAGUGCAGGCCCCCUGGCUGAAGCAUUUUAUCCGUGAUGUGAGUGGGCUGACGUAUAUUUACCCCGGUGCCUCCUAUGUGACUCUGGGGGGAACUAAGCAAAAAGGAGACUGGAAUCUGUCCCCAGAUGCCGAGAUCAGCAGAGGCAUCUUUUCCCGAUGUUGUACGCUGGAGCCUUCCCUUCGCAGAGCCUACGCCAUCAAGGAGAAAGUGGGCUUGAGGCCCAGCAGGCUAGGCGUGUGCCUGCAGAAAGAGAUCGUGUCCCGAGGGGGCCAGAGGCUAUUUGUGGUCCACAACUAUGGUCAUGGGAGUGGGGGCAUCUCGGUGCACUGGGGCUCUGCCAUGGAGGCCACUAGGCUGGUGAAUGAAUGUAUCCAGGAUCUCAGGGCCUCGGCUACCACGUCAAAGCUGUAGGACCAUCCAAUGACACCAACAACCCCAGAAACUAUUUUUUUUAACUUUUAUUUUAUUUGUUAGAGAGAGAGAGAGAGUGGGCAUGCCAGGGCCUCUGGCCACUGCAAAUGAACUCCAGAUGCAUGUGCCAAUAAACUCCAGAUACAUGUGACACCUUGUGUUUCUGGCUUAUGUGGGUCCUGGGGAAUCGAACCUGGGUCCUUUGACUUUGCAGGCAAGCGCCUUAACUUCUAAGCCAUCUCUCCAGCCCGCCCCCAGAGACUAUUAAUCAAAGCACAAUCUAAGGUUUAGAUUAACUUUCCCUUUCCAGUGCAUGAAAUUUUAUUUAGGUAUUCUUUGUUUUCAAAUUAGAAUUAUACAACAUGAAUUAAGAGAUUUAGGCAGUUUACUACUAAUGGCAUAGGAUACAAAACUCCAUUUUUUGUUUAAAAUAGAACUGUUAUUCAGUAGCAGAGGCCAGUAAGCUUGAAAGGGAGUCGGGGGGGGGGACUUAAUAGGAUGGUAUUGUAUAUAAAUAAGUAGAACAAAUUAAUAGGAGUGAAGAAGCCUAAGCGAGGUCAGGGGAAGAGACUGAGUAAGGAAAGGUGAAGGGAGGGCUAAUCAAAAUCUAAAAGGAUAUAAAUAAAUCAUAUGGAAACCUACUUUUUUGGACAAUUGAAUA